AUGGAGUCGCCUCUAGUUCGUGAGAUCGCGUCCCUGAACUGUAACGCCAGCAACAGGAGCCUGGCCCAGAGUUACGGCCAGGCCAUCCAGACCGUUUCUUGGGAGGACACCGCCCGCACCAAGAACAGCUGCUGGGGCCCAAACAUUGCUGACCUCACCCUCCACGUGGCGGGCUCCCGUCUCUCGAUGAUCCGCAAGCCCAACUUUGCUGACGUCACCGCUGACGUCCCAAUGAGCUUCUUCAGCGUGACCACCGGCAACGAGAAACCCGCUGGAGCCCUCAAGCGGGUCAGCUUCAAGGACUACGUAACCGAGACCUUGGGUCUGCCUAACCUGAUUCUUAACCGCGAUGACGUCUUGCUGGCGUCAGCGCAUGCGGGACGUCAGCCCACGUCAUCACCGGGGCUGCCGACAAGAGCUCUGCUCUUCAACCGCGGCGGCGCGGCCGCAAUGUUCCUAGCCAAGCGCCUGUCGCAGGACCGGCGCGAGCGCGGGGUUUCGGAGGCGGGCGCGAUGACGGCCGACGAACUAGAUCGGAACGCGCUCCUCCUGUUCCAGAUCCCGCUCAAGCAGCGCCCGGCGCCUGAAUGGCGGUACGACUCGGAUUGUGACGAAUGCUGUGAGAUGUCAGUGUUCGCUGGCGCCUGCGAGAUGCCGGGUGCCGCUCCCGACGAGCGCAUCCGCGAGGCCGCGCUCGCGGGCCUGGAGUACGCGACGCUACGCGCGUCCGACCAAACCUACGGCCCCUUCCGGGGUUUGGAAGGGUUCAAGCUCGAGCGCGACGCGCGCUUCCCGAUCCGCGUGACGUUCCAGAUGUAUACGGUGACGGACGACCCGGUUCUGAAGGAGAGCCAAAUAAAAAGUCUGCCGGAGAGGAUUGGGAAGGUGUACGCUCGUGGCAAGGAGACGGGGAGUCUGGUGACGAACACGACGAACCGCGUGACGAAACUGCGCCCGCUCGGAAGCGUCACCGGAGCGGAGCAGAUGCCGCUCUUCAACUUUUAG